AUGGCCAUUACCCUGGGUUACUGGGACAUCCGCGGGCUGGCUCACGCCAUCCGCCUGCUCCUGGAAUACACAGGUUCAAAUUAUGAGGAGAGGAAAUACAUGAUGGGAGAUCCUCCUGACUAUGACAGAAGCCAGUGGUUGAAUGAAAAAUCCAAGCUGGGCCUGGACUUCCCCAAUUUGCCCUACUUAAUUGAUGGGCCUCACAAGCUCACCCAGAGCAGUGCCAUCCUUCGCUACAUUGCUCGCAAGCACAACAUGUGUGGGGAGACAGAGAAGGAGAAGAUUCAAGUGGACAUUCUGGAGAGCCAGGUUAUGGAUGUACGCUUACACAUGGCCAGGGUCUGCUACAGCUCUGACUUUGAGAAACUGAAGCCUGGUUAUGUGGAUGAGAUCCCUGAGAAGAUGAGGCUCUUCUCAGAGUUUUUGGGGAAGGAGCCUUGGUUUGCAGGACACACGCUCACCUAUGUAGAUUUCCUGGCUUACGACAUCUUUGAUCUACAUCGCAUAUUUGAGCCCAAGUGCCUGGAUGAAUUCCCAAACCUGAAAGAUUUCAUCACCCGCUUUGAGGGGCUUAAGAAGAUCUCUGCUUACAUGAAGUCUAGUCGCUUCCUCCCACGCCCUUUGUUUCUAAAGAUUGCCAUGUGGGGUAACAAGUAGUG